AUGCAAAGCGUUCCGAGUGAGACGACUAUAAACUCAGAGCACUACAAAAGUAAGGACAACUUGGACAUGUGCAGGAACGAAAAGUCCACUGAAUUUUCAGAUAAUUCUGAUACAACAAAUAUCAAGGAGGAGGAUAAUGAAAAGAAAGAAGAUUUUGAAAAAAGGUUAAGUAAUAAUAUGAAUGAGAAAUUAAAUAUAUAUGAUAACAUAGUAAGUGAAAUAAAAGAAUUAUAUAAUGGGAAUAUAGUAAUGAAUAAUAAAGGUCUAGAUAAGCUAAAUAUACGAAAUGUAGCAAAGGGUUUAUUCUUAAAUAUUAAUAAGACCAUUUCGAAAAAAGUGCGUGUAUUAGUAAUAGGUAAUUCAUCAUCUGGGAAGAGUACAUUUAUUAAUUGGUUUUUACAAGAAAAUAUACAAAAAACUGGAUAUGAAUUUGAAACAAAUCAUUUUACACUUAUAACGAGUGGCAAUUAUUUUUCAGAAUUUAAUGGAGAUAUAACUAUAAAAACAUUUGACUUUUUAAAGCAUAUAUCAAAUAGAAAUAGAAAUUUUAAAAAUAAUUUAUGUACAAAAAUGUAUGUUAGUAAAAAUUUGGAAACAAAAAAUAUUGAUUUUAUUGACACACCUGGAUUAAAAGAUAUUAUGAACAAAAUGGAUUUUGACAUUAACAGUAUUAUAUAUGAUUUAUCUGAUUAUGUAGAUAUAAUUUUAAUUUUUUUUGAUUCUUCUGGAAAACUGUUAAGUAACCGUCUGCUUUUAAUAAUUAAAGAAAUAUAUGAAAAACAUAUGGAAAAAAUUGUUUUUGUUUUUUCAAAAAUUGAUGAAAUUAAACAUGAAGAAGACAGAAUUAAGUUGUUAUGCCAAACAACACAAUGCCUAGCUAGUAAAAUCAAUGUACGAAAUAAUAUUGAUCUUUUACCUAUAUACAUUUACGGAGCAAAAAACGGAAAAUAUUUAUUCGAAAAUUCAAGAAAUGAUGACUUAUGUAUAGUUAACAGAAUUAAUGAUAUCAUUUAUGAAAUAAAAAAAUUAUUUUUCAGAAAAUUGGAAAAGGAUCUCUACUGCCUUAUCAAUGAUUGCGACUGUAUCAUAAACAAAAUUCUUGACAUUUUAAAGACAGACUCCGAGAGGAGGGUCCACAAGUCAACCUUGAAGCGCGAGCGAGUAAAACACACCAUAAUUCAGGUUUUCCUGUUUAUUCUUUUUCUUUUCUUCCUGUGCACACAGCUUUCAGUGAACAAGAACUACAAGCAUAUGUUGAUGAGCUAUGUGAACAUCUCGAGUAAUCGCUUUUACAAUAAUUAUAUCAUAAAUACGGGAACAGUGCUGAAUAAAUGGGAGAACUCGUACUUAUUGAUAAACAUAACCUUGGCAUUUUUAUUUCUAUUAAGCGGCAUAAUGAAAAAGAAAUUUACGAAAAAUAUAAAAACGUUACACAUUUCAAGCAAGGAAAUACUGAGGGAGCAGCUGACAUUCGCAAAGUUCGCCAAGGACAGAGGAAAAUAUUUAGCAAAAACUUUUUACGAGCUGAAACAAAAUUGA